ACAGUGUACCGUCGGAGGCAGGAGGGUUGUGUUUUUUGUUUGGUCCUUCGGUCCCGUGGUAUCGUGAAUUCCGAGAAAAAAAAUCGGGAAAAAAACGGUCGACGCAAAAUGCGACGAGCGACGCGCGUCCUACCGGUUACGCUCGAUAAUCGUCGGCGUAAGUGCAUCGGAGAUCAACGUGAGUUUUAGGUUAAAAACGAGACUCCCGAUGUCGGAUACAUAACAAUGCUUGGUGUGAGAAAUUCAUAUGGUGAAAGUCUCUUAGACUUUGCCGCGGGACUGAAACUCCGACGCGAAGGUUGUCGCGAUUUCCACGCUCCUCCUCCGUUCUCUUCCUUUUCCUUUUCCUUUUUCUGAGCGAGUUCUCGUCGUGUCUCCGUUUUUCCUCCCCCUUUGCAGUUUUUCAACUGCACUCUGCUGCACUUUUCACACGCAUAGUGCUCCCGUGAACGGCCAACAAGAGAAACACACAACAAAGGAGGAAAAAAUGCAGAGUCUCGAGUGGCGAUGAUUCCGUUCGAAUUUCGUCCCGUUUGUCUUCGGAUAGAGUUUCCCCAUCGGAAGAUAAACAAACUCGACGACAGAAUGGAAACCUAACUGCCACCGUUGCUGCUCUUUCUUCGUUAAAAAGAGUCGUAGAAUAACCAAACAUGGCUGAAGAUGAGGGGACCGAUUGGCUGCAAGAACUGCUGCACGACGUUCAACUUUCCCAGUUUUUCACAAGGAUACGGGAUGAUUUACAAGUCACGAGAUUACAUCACUUUGAUUACGUACAACCGGAAGAUUUGGAAAAGAUAGGUUUAGGAAAACCAGGUAUCAGGCGAUUAUUAGAUGCUGUUAAAAAAAAAAGAAACACGCAAUGGAAGAAAAGCUUGAUUACGAAAAUUAGACCUGGCGGUAGUACGAAAACCAACAAAAGAUCGUCGCAACCAGUCGAAAGUUCUACGGUGCUGACAUGCCUUAUUCAAGAUAAGGAUGUAACGCUAUCAGCUAAACUGGGGGAUGGUAGUUUUGGUGUGGUUAGACGGGGAGAAUGGACGUCUCCUUCUGGUAGAUCGUUACCAGUUGCCGUCAAAGUAUUAAAAGCAGAUGCUUUGACGCAACCGAGCGUUAUAGAAGACUUUGUGUCCGAAGUUCAAGCGAUGCACACGUUGGAUCAUCAUAAUCUGAUCAGAUUAUACGGUGUGGUAUUAUCGCAACCAAUGAUGAUGGUGACUGAACUCGCACCUCUCGGGGCCUUGUUAGACUACCUACGAAAACAGUGUGGUCGAAUUUCAGUAUUAACUCUUUGUAACUAUGCUCUGCAAGUUGCCACAGGAAUGGCAUAUUUGGAAGCGAAACGUUUCCUGCACCGUGACUUAGCCUGUAGAAACGUUCUUCUGAGCACGGUAGAUAAAGUAAAAAUUGGCGAUUUUGGCCUAAUGAGGGCAUUGCCUCAACAGGAAGACUGUUAUGUUAUGACGGAACACAAGAAGGUGCCGUUUCCCUGGUGCGCACCAGAAUCGUUAAAAGCACGUCAAUUCAGCCACGCGUCUGAUGUUUGGAUGUUCGGAGUAACGUUGUGGGAAAUGCUUACGUUUGGCGAAGAGCCAUGGGUUGGUCUAAACGGGUCCGAAAUUCUACGAAAGAUCGAUAGAGAAGGCGAACGGUUGCAUGAACCGGAAGCAACGCCACCAGUCAUGUACCAACUAAUGUUGCGUUGUUGGGCUCGGGAACCUCCCGAAAGACCGACGUUUGCUUUUCUCCGAACAUCCCUUACAGGAAUGGUACCGACCGUAAUGAAAGCCGUGAAUCAUUUCGAAGAAACUGACAAAAUGAAUAUCGAACAAGGUGACCAAAUAGUUAUUUUAGAUGGUCGGCCUGAAAAUUAUUGGUGGAAGGGCCAAAACCAACGAACUUUCCAAAUAGGUUUCUUUCCCCGCUGCUUAGUCGAUCCCAUGAGACGUAAGCAGCCGGAAGACAUCAGUAAACCGUUGGAAAAUUCCUUUAUCCAUACCGGUCAUGGUGCACCAUUUGGAAAAAGUUGGGGCAGCCCUAUCUAUAUAGACGACGUUUAUCUGAGAAAUCCCAUGGAGCCACCCGAUGUCGUAGGGGUUGCAACUGCCCCGGACAGCCAUCUAAAAAAGAAAUUUUUCAGCGGGACACCACGGUCACGGAAGCAAUUUAAUUAUACGAAAUUUCAGAAUGAUAUACGAGCUAGCCCGGUAAAAUCGACAAAUGCAUCGGCUGCGAACAGUAGUCAGGAGGGCAGUCUGAUAGAUUUAUCCCCCGAAGAAAUGAUCAACACGAGUAUCGCACAAUCGGAGACAGCGUGUCGGCGAGUAGUUAAUAUUCUCGACGAACCUAUCGACGACAUGGAACGGCAGCAACAACAAGCCAACUGGCAUGAUGAUGAUCCUAGAACGUACGCCAAUUUCCCGGGAAACCUUGAUCCUCCGUAUUCGGAUCCCUUCGACACGUCGUCGGUGUUUAUGAAGCUCCCCCAUUCGCGGUAUUACAGUCAGGUCCCGCCUGACGCGAGUACUCGAUAUUUAAAAACUCAGAUAUACGGAAGCAUGGAAAAUCAUCAUCAUCAUCAGCAGCAGCAGCAGCAGCAACAGCAACAACAACAACAGCAGCAGCAACAACAACAACAACAACAACAACAACAACAACAAGAACAACAGGAUUCUGGUAGCAGUAAAGACAUUGCAAAUUACUUUACACCAGAGUCCGGAUCGGACGUAAAUCACUAUUCUCUAAAUUUGAGUAAAGAAAGUAGAAACGACAGUAUUAAUUUGAACGUGAACAUCGACUCGGAGGAUAGCAACAACGCGUACGCUCAAAAUCAUUACAGUGAAAUCGACAAACCUAGUCCCCCCAUGACAAGUUGGUCCAAUUGGCCAGAGGACCUCCAUAACGGCACUCAGGCGUACGUGAAUAUCUCUAGUCGAAACGUACAGAGUUCUGAUGCACCGCCCCCUCCGCCUGUGGCUCCUAACGAGAAUCCAUCCAAGCCAAAAUCAAAUCACGAUCUUGCUCAAUGUCUUAACGAAUUGACCAUCGAUACUCGAAACGUCUCUCCAAAGAAGUUGGAUCCUGCCUUCUUGGCUGAAUUGGAGAAGCACUUAGGUGAAAAAGAAGCGAGCAAGAACAUGAACGCCAACCAAGAGAAUCCGAGAACUUCCGAUUCGUAUUCGUCUGUAAAUAAAUUGCAAGAGAAUACGAUACCAGUGUUGAGACCGCCACCUCAAUCCGCUAAGCCAAAAUCGCCGCAAAUCGAUCACAGAUCCACCAAUUUGCCUAGCAAAGUGCAAAAUUCCUGGCAGUCAAAGACUACGAAUAUACAACAACCGCGUAUUCAUUGUCAACCUGACCAGCGUGUGUUAGAGACGGCGACCGAUCAAAUGGUGGUUCAAAUUUGGCAGCAAUCGCAGGCGUCUCAUCAGCAGAGUACUUACAUCAACGAAAAUGUUAACCGAGCUUCUAGCGAUACCCAAAUGAAUCUGAAUCUACUGCAAAUCGCACCUAGUAAUCUCGGUAGUCGGUGCAACGUGUCUAAAACCAACAUUAAUCACGCGCAUAAUUCGGCAUCAUCCGCGGCUGGUCAAGCCGGUAACUUCCAGAGUUCCGUCCUGUCUACCGCGAGCCAAGGGAUAACUCAGAUACAGAACGAUCUCCAACAAGCACAUUCGAGCAGUGUCUCAUCUAAACCCGCGGCUGUUGUGUUCUCCGAGCAAGUUUAUGCAGAGCUAAGGCAAACGGUGCCUAACUUGGACCAGUUGUCACAGAACGAAUUCAACACGCUCUAUAAUAAGACUGUCCAGCAGAAUAUCCUCAGAAACUAUUAUGCCGCGAACACGUCAACUGCCUCAGAUUCGAGUAAUCUAAGUAAUAGUCAUUAUCCAGAGGGGACUGCUGUCGGAUCUCAGCAGCAGGCGCGUACAGUUCAAACGAGAAAUUUUACAGCGCAGAGUCACCCUUGUGACUUUAGCUCUCACUUGAAACAACCUCCUGUGUAUAACCCCCCUCCUCCUCCAGCUUGGAGUCCGAUGAAAUCUGUUCAGAACUGUUUGGUGCAGAGUCAGUGUCCCGUAAUUAAGCCCAAUUUAGCGGGCAACGCCAACGGUUCUUCGAAUUUACUCCAGCUCGCGCACACAAAUGUAUCUCAGGAAGGUAUAACGAUACCGCAACCCACUUCGUUGCGUGGCAUACCGCCUCGGAUGAACGAAACAAUUGUUAAUACUCAAUUAGCUCCCUCUACGUCGGCAUAUCCCUCGGGUGUGAGCCCCCCCUUGACUGCCGCGUCUCAGCAGUUGGUCAUGUCCCUUAACGAUGAAUUUCGUGCAAACAAAGUGACGAAGGUACAGAGGGAGGCGAAUGAUGCGUCGCAGCAGGAGAUAUUGACUGCGCUGCAGGCAACUGGUUGGGAUACUAAUCAGGCUGCGAAACAGAUCCUAAAGGAUAGACAAGCCAAGAUAGAAUCCCUUGUAAGAUUGGGCUUGGCAGACAGACAAGAGUGCGAGGGUGCUUUGAAGCAGACUGAAUACGACGUAGACUUAGCGGCUUCCUUGUUGCUAGAUCAGGUCAGAUGAAGGCAUAUUUAAGCCGAGUAUCAGAGUUUUACUGGAAAUAUUGUAAUAUAACUGUAACGAUAGACAUGUAGUUACAUAUACAUAUAUAUAUA